CCUUCACAUUUUCGUGAUCUCCCUAGUUUUUGUUUAGCAUGUCAUGCAAGUGAACAACCAGUUUUAGCUUCCAUUUUCUUUUCCUUUUUUAACAUUUUCCCUUUAUUUUGGAUUUUGGUACGUGUUCAACUUACAUUUAGAUACUUGUGAUAAGUCAAAUUAUAUAUUGGAGAGCCCAAAAAUUAAAAAAACCUAUUUACAUUCAAACUAUAGAUAUAUAACUAGCUCUUUUCUUUCUUUUAAUACCAUUAUUCCUACACAAAUUUAUUGAUUAAUCUCCUUCUUGGUCAAAAUUUUUUGUUUAUCCAAUUUUAAUCAUGAUUUCACCUAGUGCAAUUCGUUUUGCGGCCGGAAUUAUAGGGAAUAUAACAGCUUUGUUCUUGUUCUUGUCUCCGUUGCCAACAUUCAUCGGAAUACACAAGAAGAAGACGGUGGGACAAUACUCAUCAGUGCCAUACUUAGCCACAUUUGUGAAUUGCAUGCUUUGGGUGGUGUAUGGUCUACCAUUUAUUCACCCAAAUAGCAUUUUGGUGGUGACAAUUAAUGGGGCUGGCUUUUUUAUUGAGCUAAUCUACUUGAUACUCUUUGUGAUUUACUCUGACAAGAAAAAUAAGCUUAAGAUUGUGUUAAUUGCAAUUGUUGAGAUUAUAAUUGUGGGAAUUAUGACUGCCUUGGUCCUCGGUUUAACUCAUACUACCAAGCGUAGGUCUUCAAUUGUUGGUAUGAUUGCCAUCGUUUGCAACAUCAUGAUGUACGCUUCUCCUUUGUCGGUUAUGAAAUUGGUGAUAACGACGAAAAGUGUGGAGUACAUGCCAUUUUCUCUAUCAAUUGCUUCAUUUACUAAUGGCAUUGCAUGGACCGUCUAUGCUUUGUUUCCCUUGGACCCUUACAUUGCCGCACCAAAUGGACUGGGUACAAUAUUUGCAUUGGUUCAACUGAUAUUGUAUGCAACAUACUACAAGUCCACGAAAGAGCAGAUAGCAGCAAGGAAAUUCAAAAGUACAGUGGGCUUAACUGAAGUUAUAUACAACGAAGACUCUGCAAAGGCGGCCCAAUUACCCCAUAAUGGUCGGGCCCAAAAACCAUAAAAGUCCAAUCCCAUUGUGGGUUAAUGGAGCUAGGAUGGUGCACAAGCUGGACCACCUGAUCAACCAUAAUUUUUUUUUUUUUUUAAGUAUGAAAAACCAUGCAAUUUUUUGCCAGUAAUUGGACCCAUCUUAAUAAUUAAGUAUGGGACUUUUUUUCUUUUGAAUAAUAUAGUAGCCAUGUAUGUUGUGUUGCAUCCAUAUAAUAAAAUGUCUUAUUCAAAUUUUAUUGUCAAUGUUAUAUGACUUCAAUCAAUAAUUUAAUUUAGUUCAAGAAUUAUGAAUCUUAU